AUGAACUACAACGUGGUUCAUGGUAAAGCUACCAACAACUCGGAAUUGUACAAGAUCGAGAUCCUUCUCAACUCAAACAUUUUUGUUGAAAAACCACAUUUACCAAGAAGCCCGCGACAGUAUGUAUGCCAGUAUUACGGACAUACUCGAAAAUACUGCUACCAUGACCCACAAUGUGUAAGAUGUGAGGAAAACCACUUCUCAAAUUCCUGUACCAAGUCACUCGACUCUCCAGCCAGAUGUCCUCUAUGCAAUAGUAGCCUCACACAGCCAUCUGAAAAGGUUGCCACAACUUUAAAAUACUUAAACGUUUUAAUUCUCCAAUUAGGCGAGAUCCUCUUAUACCUACUCCUGUACCUAUAA